AUGGACGAUGUGGUUCGAACAACCACGCGCCUCCACAUCACCCCUUUCAAUCCAGACAUCCUGUCUGCCGUGCUGCCUCCCUCCGUGCAACCGACUGCUACGGAAAUCUCAUUCCAUACCCUACCAACCUUCCCCGAGAAAAAUUACGGCUACGUGACCCUGCCAACAAUGGAAGCGGAGAAGAUCAAGAAGAAGCUUCACGGGUCUAUCCUGAAAGGCAAAAAGUUCAAGGUGGAAACUGCGCGACCGCAGAAGGAAAAGGAAUUGGAACCAAACGAGUCGGAUUCCGGUGCAGAAUGUUCGAGCAAGAAAAAGAAGAGUUCGAAGAAACGAAAGGCCGGUGAAGAUGUCCUAGAUGGCCACGAACUACCGUCGGAUCGCAAAGUCAAACGAGGAUGGACCGAGUCGACAGAUGCCAAGGCGGAUAGGCGGAAGGAGGAAAAGAAACAAAGAAAGGAGGAGAAAAAGGCAAAGGCGCAAGCCAAAUCCAAGUACACGGAGAAGGAAGAGUGCCUGUUCCGGACUCAACUGCCCCCUAACAAAGCCUCUGCCGUGGAUGAAAAGCAGGAUAAGAAGUCAAAAAAGAAGAAGAAAUCUUCUUCGGAGUCAGUUGUCCAUGAGUUUGCAAAUACUAUCACCCACCCGAAGUUUAUCCGUUCUGCCGCUGAGGAUACAACUACUACGGCAACAUAUGAGGAAGGAAAGGGCUGGGUUGAUGAUACAGGGAAUGUGAAAGAACCGGUCAAUGACAAAAUCAAGGAUUCUCAGUACAGACCUGGGAAGGUAGCGGGAGCUAAAGAAAAGCGAAAGUCCAAGUCGAAGGAAUCGACAAAGAAGGCUAAGCCCGCUCCUAAAGAGAAAUCGGCGGAGGAGUCGGAAGAUUGGACCUCUUCCAGUGGAUCUUCAUCUGAUGACAGUGACUCGGAAAGCGAGAAUGAGUCGGCCGAUACUUCUAACACAUCCGACAAGUCAUCCAGCGACGAGACCAAGGAAGAAAAGAAGCAAUUAGAACCGGCAACUACCAAACCUGCUACCCCAUCAGACGAGGAUGAAUCGUCGGAGACAAGUGAACAACCAUCCUCAAAAAAAGUUCAUCCCCUGGAAGCACUCUACAAACGCUCUGCACCAGUCUCUUCAGAAACCAAACCCACUGAGGAAACCAACGCGUUCAGUUUCUUCGAGAAUAAUGACGAUAUAGAAUCCGAGGAAGAGCGUACCGAACCGGUCGCACCGCAGACACCUUUCGCCAAGGAGGAUAUCCAAGCUCGCGGACUGAGGAGCGCCGCUCCAACCCCAGACACAGGCCUAGUGGGCCGAAGCAUAAAAUGGGAUGAGGAUAACGAUGAGAUGGACUUGGAUGAUGAAUCGUCCAUCGACACGCCGGUUCUUAGGAAGAGCGGUGCAGAAAGGGAAGAGUCGGACUUUGCGAAAUGGUUCUGGGAGAAUCGGGGAGACAACAAUCGGGCCUGGAAGAAACGGCGGCCUCCGGCUUCCUUCUGCAAAUGUACCUGCUUCAGCAAUAGCACCAUCAUCCCCCUCGAUCCCCCGAAUCCCGAAUCCUCCUCUUUCGCGGGCAACCUCGCCCGAGACAUCGCAGACCUGGUGGCAACGGAUAAUGAAAAGCGAGCCAACAGCUAUCAAGCGCUCAGCUGCAACGACUGUAAUCGGAAGUUCUGUUUGGGAUAUGACUUGCCUGUGUGUAAGGGUGCAAAGGAGGAUGAUGUUGUGAGCACGUGUUUUCAAAGGGAUUCGAGAAAGGACGAGGCAAUUGUGUUCAUUUUUAUAUUCGCGACGAGUGGGUUACUCGCGUGGGCUCUUUUUCGGCCGUGGGUUCAGAAGUGGCUUGAGGCUGCUAGGGAAAGACGACAAUAUAUUCCUGUCGCGGAGCCCGGUGAUUGAUAAAUCUAUAUGAACUUAUCUUCCAUGUAUAUAUACACACAGCUUCAGCUAAGAUGCCAGGGGCAUACCUGGCUGAUACGAAAGGCGCGAGAAUUGCUAGAACAAUGAGAAGCAGCCGGUCUGUUUCCGUGUCUGUUGCACUUUACCUAAAUGAGAAUCAUAUUCGUAGUCUGACUCUCGAGCCAAGGACCAGACAUCUUGAACCAGGCCUUCUCUGCAUAUGUUCGGAUAGGAACUCGUGAAGUUCCCUGCAGGGAUCUCUUCUGUAGUACUAUGGAUGGUUUUAAAUAGGAAUAUUUGUGCUUCGUGAAGGGCUGCGUGACUUGAGCAUCAUCAGAAUUGAGCAUCAGCUCAGAUCCUUUAGUAAACCCUCUUGGUGUUUCUCGUCCAUGACCUGCGGGAGAGAAAGGGCUUAUGCUCCAGACAGAUCUUCAGCAUCUCGCUUGGGAAUACAUACCGAUUCUGGC